AGAGAGGCCGCGGGUGAAAUGGCGGCGGUGCCGGGUGAGGCGCUGCUGCUCUGCACGGUCCCCCGUCGGCAGCCUUCGUCUGUUCCCAGAUGCUCCCACACAGCUCCCACGUCCCUUGGCCUGUGGCAGAGCCCUGCCCUGAGGGUUGUGCUCGCUCUUGGCUCUGUCAGCCACAGCAGUCACAUUUGUGGGGGGGCUCCUAUGGCAGCAUGCAGAACACCACCAUAAUACUGGCUAAAAGCCAUCAAAACCCGGCCAAAAUACCCGAUUAUUUGUCCCCAGAUGCCUCCUUCCCAUAAUAUUAAGGCUAACGGGACAUUUUCCCUUUUGAAUUCCCCGCAGGCCGCUGAGGAGCUCAGCUGUGGGCUUUGGACGGAGGUGGGAGCAGCCCCACAGCAGGCCGGACAGCCCCCAAGGCUGCAAUAAUGACCUCCCAUCACCCCAACGUCAGCACGGCACUGCAGGACAACGAGGCUGCUCUGCAGGAGCCCGAGGAGACACAAAAUGACACUGCCUGCUGCCCUGGGCCUGGCAGGGAAAAGGCCCACGAGGAGAGCUCACGGGUGGAGGCACGGGGUGCAGCGGUGCUGGACAGGCAGGCGUCGUCCCGCUAUUUUGCUGCCCUGGAUUCCAGCGUGGGGGAUCUGCGGCAGCGGGCUCAGGGUCUGAUCGACAGACUGAACGACAGCCGCAAGGAGGACCACACCGUGAUGAGCGGCUUCCGAGACAGCCUGCAGCUGGAGGUGUCCAACCUGGCCGAGCAGCUGGAGGAGCGGCUCUUCCAGCUCUACAGUCUCCACAACGAGCUGAUCCAGGAGAGGCUGCAGGAGCUGGCGGAGGUGAUGGAGCGCGUCCGGCAGGCCGAGGACGAGCUGCAGCAGGUCUGCCACACCGUGGAGGCAGCCUACAGGGACCUGUGCCUGCAGCCCGAAACGUGAGCACAGCCCCCGAGCCCACGGAGAGCCCCCCAGACCCCUCCGUGGGGAGCCCCCAGACCCCUCCAUGGGGAGCAUCCGGGCGCAGCCCUCCCGCCGGCAGGCAUUACCAACACAUUGGGGCGGCUGCUCCCCCACGAACAGAGAAACAGGGAGAUCGGCCAAAAAUUGCCUCUUCCACGGGGUGUUGGCGUUGGGUUUUUAACGUGAUUACAAUAAAAGAUCAAAACCCGCCGAA